AAGAACCCUUUUCCAAAAUUUUGCCACGCGUUUGGUUUGGAUUUCGUUCUCUUCUUUUGUUUAAUCGCCGUAAUUUCUUUAAAAUGGGUUUCGGAAAUUUGAAGAGUGACUGUGGAUUAUCUGCACUAAAUACCUAUCUCGAAGAUAAAAGCUAUAUCGAAGGGUAUGUUCCAUCACAAGGAGAUGUUGCCAUAUUUGAAAGUAUAUCCGGCCCACCCAAUGCCAAGCAUGUUCAUGCGUUACGCUGGUACAAUCAUGUUCUCUCAUACAAAUCACAAUUUGGAAGCCUUCCUGGAGUGAAGAAACCAAUUGCUGAAUAUGGAGGUGCUCAGGCUGCAGCCGCUGCUGAUGACGACAGCGACGACGAUGAUGAUGAUAUUGAUUUCUUCGGCUCCGACGACGAAGAAGAAUUAGCCGAACAAAAGAGAAUCAAAGAGGAAAGACUCAAGCAAUAUGCAGAAAAGAAAGCUAAAAAACCUGGCCCAAUCGCGAAAUCCAACAUUAUUUUGGAUGUGAAACCUUGGGAUGAUGAAACCGACAUGAAAGAAAUAGAGAGAAAAGUUCGGACUGUUGCAACAGACGGUCUUCUUUGGGGGGCUUCUAAACUCGUACCUCUCGCGUAUGGAAUUCAGAAAUUACAAAUAUCGUGUGUCGUUGAAGAUGAUAAGGUUUCAACGGAUUUCUUGGAAGAAGAGAUCACAGCUUUCGAGGAUUUAGUGCAAUCUGUCGAUAUUGCCGCCUUUAAUAAAGUUUAAUACCACCAAUACUAGGAUAAAUCAUGCUCUCAUCAUUCGCUGGCAAAAUAAAGUUCUAAACCAAGUUCA